ACAUGCUUUGAAUCUCCUUACCACGUUUCAUAAGUAGAGAGAAAGAAAAUUGAAGAAAAUGGAGAGAAAGCCAAGUGUGUGUGAAAACCAAGUUAGCCAUGUCUUGGUGUUUCCUUUUCCAGCACAAGGUCACAUAAACCCAAUGCUCCAAUUCUCCAAGAGAUUGGCCUCAAAAGGCCUGAGGGUGACACUAAUUAAUGUCACCACUUCCGCCAAACCAUUACAGCUCCCAACAAGCUCUAUCGUCAUCGAGUCAAUUGAAUUCGAUGAAGGCAAUAAUAAAGAUGAGGUGUUAGAUGUGGCUCGAAGUGCAGCCAUAGAUGGAGCUCGAAGUGCAGGCAUAGAUGGAGCUCCUUUUUACACUCAACCUUGGAGAGUUAAUGUCAUCUACUAUCAUUUGCACCUGGGGACUCUCAAAGUUCCUUUGGAAGAGCCUAUGGCAGCAUUGCCUUCAAUGCCGGUUUUGGAAGCCACUGACCUACCCUCGUUUGUCUGUAAUACAUAUGCAUAUCCUGGUCUACUCAACUUUCUUAUUGCUCAAUUCUCAAAUUUGGAAGAAGCAAGAUGGAUCUUUUGUAACACUUUUGACAAGUUGGAAGAUGAGGUAAUCAAAUGGAUGGCGAACCAUAAACCAAUCAAGACAAUUGGACCUACUGUUCCAUCAAUGUACCUAGAGAAGAGGUUGGAGGAUGAUAAGGACUAUGGCCUCAACCUAUUCAAACCGGAUGUGAUGCCUGCAUCUGGAGAAGAACAAAUGGAGGAAAUAGCAUGGGGUCUAAAGUGGGGCAAUAGCUAUUUCUUAUGGGUUGUUAGAGAAACAGAACAAAAAAAGCUCCCUAGCAACUUUGUUGAGGAGAUAUUAGAGAAAGGGCUAGUUGUGUCUUGGAGCACUCAAUUGAGAGUUCUAGCUCAUGAGGCAAUACGUUGUUUUAUGACUCAUUGUGGUUGGAACUUGACACUUGAGGCAUUGAGCUUGGGGGUGCCAAUGGUAGCAAUGCCACAAUGGUCAGACCAACCAACUAAUGCGAAGUUUGUAGAAGAUGUAUGGAAGGUAGGAAUUCGAGUUAAAAUGGAUAAAAAUGGCAUAAUCAGAAAGGAAGAGAUUGAGUGGUGUAUAAGGGAAGUCAUGGAUGGAGAGAAAAGUAUGGAUAUUAGAAGUAAUUUAGAGAGGUGGAAGAAAUUGAGCAAAGAGGCACUUGAUGAAGGUGGAAGCUCUAAUAGGAACAUUGAUGAAUUUGUAGCCGAACUUAUGUUCAAAUAAAUAUUUGGUAAAUUUGUUUUGUUAGUUGGCUAAAAAGAAGUUAAUUAAAUUACAUAUUCUUGAUGUUAAUGGUUGAAGCUGACAUUUAGUGGCACACACAGCAUAAGGUCCAAUGAAAAUAAACACAACCUUGGGUU